AUGACCACAUCCAAGCCUUUGAGGGUUGCUGUCAUCGGCCCAGCGGGGUUCGGGGGGUCAUAUCUGUGCGCGGAGCUGAUCAGUCGUGGACAUCAUGUCGUUGGAUUAUCCCGCAAUCCAGAGAAGCUGGGGUCCCAUGCCAACUACGAGCCGAGGCCUGUAGAUAUCGACAACAACACCGAUUCCCAGCUGGCAGAGGCGAUGCGCGAUGUAGAUGUUGUCGUGAGCGAGUAUGGCCCCCACACAGCUGGGCACCAGGCGCUGCAAUACGUUCCUUUCAUCGAAGCCGUCCGAAAGAUCAUCUUGGCUGUCAAAAAGGCCAAGGUUGGCUACUUUGUCAUGGUCGGCGGUGCCGGAAGCCUCCACAUCGCUCACGAGGACGACCUGUGUGUUGCCGACAGUAAAGACUUUUUCCUGGCCUACCGCAGAGCCAUUGCGGACAGCCAUGCUCAUGUCAGCUAUAUGGAGGAUAGACUGGGGCCCAUGGGAGGUGGCCUGCGCAGGUAUCGGAACGCGCGCCUUGUGCUGAGGAAUUCAGACGCUUCAGACGAUGAGAUCAAGGCCGCAAAGGCGACUGUCGAUGAAUACGAAGAGGGUGUGAAGCAGGACCGGGCCUCGGACUUUAUAAAGGCCGCGAGAGCCAGCUACAUGUUCUUUGAUGGAAACACGUCUUUCAACUGGACGUUUGUGUCUCCCAGCCCUCUGUACCGCCCAGGGAAGCGUACUGGCAGCUACGAGGUGACGAUUCACAACCUCCCUCUGAAAGGCGAGCCCAAGGGUGAAAAUCGGUUGGAUGGCAGACUCACGGGCAUCUCGGCUGCGGAUCUUGCCAUUGCCAUUGCGGAUGAGGUCGAGUCACAGAAGCACAAGUACCAACACUGGACUGCAACGGCUGAUCUGUCUGACGACACGCCGGCCCCCUCUUAUCUUAGGCUAGAGUAG